AUGCGGCUGACGGCCGACUUGAUCAAUGGGUCGCUGUCGUACCUGAACCCACUCAAGGAGCGCGAACUCGACUUACGAGGAAACCGAAUUGUCGCCAUUGAGAAUCUUGGCGCCGCAGGCCCCCAAGAUGCCAUUGACUUGACCGACAACGACAUCCAGGUGCUCGGCAACUUCCCAUUGACGCCCCGCCUCCGGACGCUCCUGCUGGCGCGCAACCGCAUUGCGGCCAUCCAGCCCGACCUCGCCAACGCCGUGCCGAACCUGACGUCCCUCGCGCUGGCGUCCAACCAGCUGGCGGAGCUGUCCGACCUCGACCCGCUGGCCCGGCUGGGCCGGCUGACACACCUGGUGCUGCUGGACAAUCCAGUGACGAAGCGUGAAAAGUAUCGGUACUGGGUGAUUUGGCGGUGCCCGACGGUGCGCUUCCUUGACUUCCAAAAGGUCAAGGACGCGGAGCGGAGAAAGGCCGAGGAGCUGUUUGGAACACACAUUUUGCCGACGGAGCUGGCAAGAAAGAUCAUGGGCGUCAAGUCCAAAAAGUUUGACGUGGUGUCGGGCCUCAACCGGACGGGCGCUACCAACGGCACCUCUGACGCUGCGCCGUCCAAGUUGGCCCGCAUUAAGCUGUCGGGCGCCGAGCGCAAGCGGUUGCAAGAACGCAUUCGCACGGCGACAAGUCUCGACGAGAUUGCACGUCUGGAGAAGGAGCUGCAGGAAGGCCGUGUUCCUGCAGGCAUCUCGACGGGAGAUGCUAUGGAGGAGUAG